GCACGGAACAGAGAGGGAGAGAAGAGAGAGACAGAUAGAAGAGCGAAGAGUGGAAUCAAAGUGAGAGAGAAAGAAAGAAAAAGAGAGGGGAGGCAGAAGAAAGAAGUGUGUGUGUGUUUUAGUUUUACCUUCUCUUUAGAGAUACAAGAUUCAGGAGAAUGUCGGGUGACGGAGAAAGUAUCGACAAUGACCCGAAGAAGUCCUAUGCUGGAAUUCCAGAAGCAGUUUUUGUUGACAAUAUUGAUGAAUUUAUGACGCAGUCUGAAAAUGAAAAUGCUGACAAGGUAUUAAAGAGAUUGGAUGAGCAGCAUCAAAAAUACAAAUUUAUGGAAUUCAACUUGGAAUCGAAGAAGAGGCGACUUAAGAAUCAAAUACCAGAUUUGGAGAAGUCCCUUAAAAUGAUUGUUAUGCUUCAAAAAAAGCAAGAUGCCACAGAAGAUAUGGAGACACAAUUCCUACUUUCAGAUCAAGUCUAUAUGAAAGCGCUUAUUGCACCUACAAAUAAAGUUUGCCUUUGGCUUGGGGCCAAUGUCAUGUUGGAGUACACAUUGGAUGAUGCCAAGAAUUUGCUCUCCAAAAAUAUUGAGCAAGCCAAGAAGAAUUUAGGAUAUGUGGAACACGAUUUACAUUUCCUCAGGGACCAAUUCACCACCACUGAGGUCAACAUGGCAAGAGUUUAUAAUUGGGAUGUAAAACGAAGACAGGCAGCUAAAGCUGCUCCUUGAUCUGCGAUUCCAUGGUUUCACAUCUAUUCACUGCGUGUCUUGUUGAUUUUGAUUUAAAUUAUUAUUGCUCAUAUUCCUUGAAAACUAUUAUAUUGCCAUUCACUUUCAUCAGAUGUAUUCAUUGAGUACUGUCUGAACAGAACUAACUCAAAUCUUAUCAGUGAAGUAUCUUUAUGAACUCUUGCUUUAUUUAAAAAUGUUUAGUAACUGUAUGCUCAGCUUUCUGUAAUAUUGUAUUAAAAAUAAUGUUGGUAUUUUAACAAA